CGAAGAAUGAAAGUCUUACUGGGGGCUUUCACUUCAACUUGUCUGUGUCAUCAAGUAGCUUAGAAUGUUUCAAUGAAGGUGAGACUUCAAAUUAACUCGUCUUGAACUUCUGUUAGGAUAUUAGAACCAAACAAAAAACUUCGAUUCUCAACCCAUAAGCAAUCAUGUGUUACUUCCAAAGGCUAUUAUUCUUCAUCUUCUUGUUCUUUCUGUUAAAAAAUUCAGUUACAAGUUUUCGAGAUAAAUGUCCAAUAUCUAGGUGUGGUGAAAUUUCAAUUCAAUACCCAUUCAGUAUCAAGGAAAAUAAUAUUCAAGGUAGAGAGUUUAGUAAAGGGUGUGUUUAUCCUCGUGGAUUUGGUCUAUCAUGUAGAAACGGAACCAAAACGAUCCUCAAACUCCCGUCUUACGGAGAAUUUGAUGUUCAAGGUAUCUCUUAUAAUACACAAGAGAUACAAUUGUCUGACCCCGGUGGAUGUUUUCCGAGACGUUUCCUUCAUCAUAAUCCAGACCGCUCUCUCGGAUAUUCUGGAUUUGGAAGCUCAUAUUAUCAGACUAACUCUUAUAUCUUCUAUAAUUGUUCGACAGAAGGUUACUCUAAUCUUACAAGAAAAUACGCAAAUAAAUCGACUUCGAUAUUCUACGCAAUCGACUGUCUUAGUAGUUCAACGCACGUAGUGUUGGCCAUAGAGUCUUGGGGUGAUACGAGGAUUAUGCAUUCUAUGAAGAAAAAUAAGUGUAAGGUAAUAGAAGCCGUUAUUGCUCUAGGUCAGUGGGACUACAGUGAAGCUUUUUAUCCGCUCAAAGUUAAGCUUCUUUCUCUCAGAUGGUCUAUAUAUGAUCCUGAGAAGCCUCCACGAUCGCGAGAUCUUUCAAAAGGCAUGGUUUACAGUCUUAUAAUUGUUGGAUCGGCACUGCCAAUUUUGAUUGGCAUAGCUUGGUGCUGUUGCAGGAAUGACGAUCAGAACCACCAACCACAGACUGAAUUAUCAACAGAUGGUCUGCUUCCACAACAAUCCAGUCCUGCUAGGAAUGGUCUUGACGAGACUACUAUACAGUCAUAUCCACAAGUGGUACUAUGCCAAAGUCGGAAAUUUCUUAAUCCAGAAAAUACUACUUGUUCUAUAUGUCUGGCAGAUUAUACACCUAAAGAUACACUUAAGAGCCUACCUGGAUGUAACCACUACUUCCAUGUUAAUUGUAUCGAUGGGUGGCUCCGUGUGAACGGGUCGUGCCCUGUUUGCCGGAAAUCUCCUCUUCAAUAUUCACAUUCUGUUCUUCCAGAACAGACUUGUUAAUACUUGCUUUUGUACAUUUCCAAAGGUUGAAAAAUGCAAAUACACACGUCGUGCUGCUGUUUCUAAAGGAGCGACCGGCUUUCCCUAUUGGAGUUAUGGAGUCAGCGGGGGACUAUUUCAGUCGGUGGCGGAGCCAUAAAUUUAAAAUGAGGGGCUAAAGAGAAAUUUACAUAAACACAAGGAUUUUAGUGGACUAAAUUUAAAAUAAAAGGUGGGUUAACUGUAAAUUUAAGAUAAACACGAGAUUUCUAACGAUUUUACUGAUUUUAGGGGGUAUAGCUAGGGUUAGUCAACCCUUGGCGUAUUUCAGUUCCAUUUAACUAAUAAGUUAUGGGUACAUUAUUUAUAUGUCCCUAUUUUUGACACC